UUUCCCAAAUCCACUUUCGCCAGAUUCUCGACGAACUAUGGAAUCACAACAACACGCUCUCGAGAUUCUCAUGGACUUACGCCGUCUAGUCGCUGCUCACGACGAAUUUCUAGCUAAGUUCGGACAGCAUACCGAGGAGGCUUCGGAAAGCCUUGACGAGCGUUCACCUCCGCAGCGUUGGUCUCCCCCUCCGUCGGUCACUCAGGAACCGAUGGGUUUCAAGUCUUCUUCCAUGCCUCGCCUCAAACCUCCACGUUUUGACGGAAAAAUGGCCCUGGAUUGGAUCUCUAAAGUCCAAGAGUAUUACAACCACUACCACACUCCGCUCGAUGAUCGCCUUUAUCUUACGAAAUACUUGUUCGAUCCACCGGUAACUGAUUGGUUUCAUACUUAUACAAAAACUGACAUUGAUGGUUCGUGGGAGGAUUUCUUGGUGGCAGUCUAUUACCAAUUUUCUCCAGAUUUAACAGAGAGGGCCGAUGAAAGGCAGUUAGUCACCAUCGAUAGUGACAAGAUGAAGAAAACUGAAGCAGAGAGCACAAAAAUUGAGUGUGAAUCAACAGAAGCAAAGAAAGAGGAGGUAGAACAAACGCCUACUCAAGUGGUCGAAAAUGCAGCUCCUGUUGUGGAAGAGGCUCCACCAGCCGAGCCUACUGAAUGUUUAGCCAAAUCUGAAGCUGAUCCGGUUGAAGAAAAUAAGGUUGAAUCACAACGGGAUAUGAAAACAGAGGAGACAGCUGCUGGGGCUGAGAAGAUCGAACCAAAAAAUGAUGUGGCUGAAGCAAAAAGUGUUAUGGUUGAAGAGUUGCUAGAGGCUGAGGCAAAGCCACAAACUGAACUUGUCGAAAUGGCACGUAGAGGAGAAAGACUUGUUCUGUUUGUCUCAGGCCUCGGAUGGCCGCGCAAUCCCUCCGCGCAUGGAUGCGACAUAUCUGGAAUUCUCGAAGGAAGAAUUGAUUUUUGCAGGUUCUUAUAUUUCGGACCACAGUUUUAUGCUCAAAGAGGUUGCGUGGUGCCGGGCAAUUCGUCAAUUUGGUGACAAAAUUGGGGUUCGCAUAUUUGAUCUGGGUCCUUUUGAUGUGUCCAAGGCACAUUCUAUUGUUGUUGAGCAUGUCGUUGGCAAAGUUAAUGGCUAUUUAGUCCAUAUCAAAGCACUUCAUUUUGAUGCUCUCUACAAUGUUUCCAAAUUGUGGUCUGUAGUCAAUACUUGGAGCGACGGAGUCAAUCGGAUUAUUGUGACAGGGGGUUGCCCUGAGGAGUCAAAAGAGGUUCUUGCUAUUGCUGAAACUGAUUUUGAUGAUAGUGGUGAUCCAGGGAGACAAUUUGAAGCUCUUUUGUCGUUUGCCGGUGAGGGAGUUGAUAAGGGAAAGGUGGUGGCAAUUGUGGAAUGUGGAUUAGAUUAUAAUAGGCUUUCCCAACCAAAGUUCAACAAAAGUACUUCGAGAAGCCAUUUGAGUUGGCAUAUGCUAUGAAGUUACCAAUGUUUCUCCACACGCGAGCAGCCGCUAAGGAUUUCUGCAAUAUUCUUGAGCGAAGCAAACAUAGAUUGUUCUAUGGGAUUCGCAUAUUUGAUCCAGGAGUUUUUGUGUCGGAUGUUAUUGAAGAUCUUAGUGGAGAUGCUGAUUGGAGCUUAUGGAGACUUCGGCAGCAGCUUGGUAAUUUCUAUGGACACAAUAUUGCAAUUCAGAUAUCCCACCUUGAGGGCAAGGUGGUUUCCA